AUGGAGCGACAGGCACAAUUUCACAGGGCCCAAGUCACUGCUCCAUGCACAUACAGUAAACUGGAAGCAAACACUGUUACCUCGCUUAAAUUCUUGCAGCAUCUCUCCGGUCCCCCCGCCGCGCGCUUCGCUCGGCCUCGGCCCAAUUCCACUCUCCGGUUUCUCACGUCCGAGACGGCCUGGAGGCUACGCCUGGCCACAGUGACGACGAGAGAGGAGGCAGCCUCCCUUGCCCUCCGCCGCUCCGAAAGCCGAAUCGCGGCCGGCCCGGGGCGCCGACAGGGAGGGACCCCGGGGCCGCAGCCAGGGGAGCCCUCCGUAGGCCCGCCCCGGGCGAGCCAGCCCCACCCCGCCCGCAGCCCCGGGGGCUUCGGCUCCAGCCGCGCGUCUGCUCAGGGGCCGUCGUGCCGGGGCGGCACCUGCGGCGACCGGAUGCGCACACACCUGCGCGCGGGCGGCGCUCGGCGGGCGGGUCCCGGCGGGGCCCCCGGGCCUCGGUGCCCGAACCCGCCGAGCGGCCGCGGAGCCAGAUGGGGGAAGGGGACACGGGCGGCGACGGCACUCACCUGGCAGCGCCGCCUCCUCUGCCGGUGGCAGCAGCAGAGCCGGCAGCCCCUGGCACCAUCUUCCGCCGCCGCCUUCUCCUCGGCGGCGGCUACCAACCGCCCAUCGGGCACCGCCAACCGACACGACCGCCGGCGUCCCGGGUGCCGGUCACGGCCCCAGACUCCCGGCGGGAGGGAGGGGUCGGGCAGAGGGGGUAAGCUGUCAGGCCCCUCGGCUCUGGGUCGGGGGCCGGGAGUCAGGGGGCCGCGGCCGGUCAGAGCCGAGGGGCCGGAGCGACGCGGGAACCCGAAGGCAGCGCCGAGGGCUCGGCAGGGCCGCGGACACCGCCGCGGAGGGGUUUGUUAUUGUCGACUCCGGCCCUUCCUCCGCGGAGCAUGCCGGGAAACGGUGGGCGGGGGGAGGGGCGCCCGGGCGACCCGGGCGGUGCUGGGAGGCGCGCGCAGGUCCGGAAGUCGGCGGGCAGCCGGGAAGGGGGCGGCUCCGCCCGCAGUCGCCGUGGGCCGGCCUGUGGCUCGGCUGUCCUCUGGUGACCCAGGGAGCCCGCGGGGCGGCCUGCGGCGGGGCGAGCGUCGUCCGGGCGCACGCUGCCCCAAGGUGAUUUUGACCUUCCUUGCUACAGCGAGUUGGCCUGCGCUGGGCCGACCCCGCCGAAUUUGGGACCAGCCCCAGGUUAAACAGCUUGCGUCUGCCCGCCUGUCGCGCAGGAGCCGGGCACGCCGAGGUUCCGAGCUCUCGUCUCCGGGCCGCCUCCCGGGCCAGGGUCUAUGCCCGGCCAGGCCAGGCCAGGCCAGCCCGCCACGGCACCGCCACCGCCACGCCCCGACCCCGACCCCGACCCCCGCCGCUGGACCUGCGAGCAGCCCAUAGGUGGCUCGGCUAACUGCGAGCGUGGGGCGGCACACUUUGUCUCAGACCAGGUAUCUGGAGUAAAUACUAUUACAAGUUACUGAUACUGGGCAGCCCCGGUGGCGCCGCGGUUUAGCGCCGCCGCCUGCAUCCCAGGGCGUGAUCCUGGAGACCCCGGAUCGAGUCCCACCUCAGGCUCCCUGUAUGGUGCCUGCUUCUCUCUCUCUCUCUCUCUCUCUCUCUCUCUCUGUCUCUGUCUCUAUGAAUAAAUAAAUAAAUAAAAUCUUUAAA